GCCUGAAGUUGUGGCUGUUCGCUGCAGGAAUUUUAAGUCUCUGGGAGCCGCGCCAUGCUGCUCUCCUGAAGCUGAGAGUGAGACGCGCAGAUCCAGAUCCAGUAUGAUGGUGUGGGUGACUCUGCUGGCCGGCCUGGCGCUGCUGCCGCUGCUGCUGAAGCUCCUGUCUCCCUACUUUCUGCAGGACCUCGUGUACAUAUGGAGAGCUGUGGGGUUCGGGGUCAGGCUGGAGCUGUACAAGAGGAGGACCCCGUUCUACAGCAUCCUGGACCGCUUCCUGGACUUCACCAGGAGAAACCCCCACAAGCCCUUCAUCCACUUCGAGGGGAACACCUACUCCUACUCGGAUGUGGACAGACGCAGCAAUAAAGUGGCGAACGCGCUGAGGAUGGUGGCUGGGCUGAAGGAGGGGGACACGGUUGCCAUGUUUCUGGGGAAUGAGCCCUGCUUUGCCUGGGUUUGGCUCGGAUUAGCUAAACUCGGCUGCACUGCUGCUUUACUCAACUUUAACAUCAGAUCCAGAUCCCUGCUGCACUGCUUCUCCUGCUGCGGGGCCAGCGUGCUCAUAGCGGCUGAAGACCUCCGUGGUGCUGUGGAGGAGAUAUUGCCUGCUUUGAAAGAGAAGGGCAUCUCUGUGUACCUUCUCAGUGAUGAGUGCAGUACGGACGGCAUCCAGAGCAUCUCUCAGGCCAUCCAACUGGCCUCAGAUGAACCCCUGUCUUUAUCUCUCAGAUCUAAUCUCAAAGCCCGAAGCACAGCUUUCUACAUCUACACAUCUGGAACCACAGGUCUCCCUAAAGCAGCUGUGGUCACUCAGGAAAGGGUCUGGGCAGGGUCGUUUGUUCAGGGUGUAUCUGGAGUCACUGCGGAGGAUGUGUUCUACAUCAAUCUGCCCCUCUAUCACAGUGCUGGCUUUAUGAUUGGACUCAUUGGAUGUAUAGAAAGAGGGAACACUGCUGUUCUGAGGAGGAAGUUCUCUGCCUCUCAGUUCUGGGAUGACUGCAGAAAGUAUGAUGUCACUGUGAUGCAGUAUAUUGGGGAAACGAUGCGUUAUCUCUGCAACACGCCAAAGAAAGACAAUGACAGAGACCACAAAGUGAAAAUCGCUAUAGGUAAUGGUGUACGAGCUGACGUCUGGAAGGAAUUCCUGAAACGCUUUGGGAACAUUUACGUCAGGGAGCUCUACGCUGCCACAGAGGGAAAUAUCGGAUUUAUUAACUACACCACUAAAGUGGGUGUGGUCGGCCGUGUCAACGUCCUCCACAAGAAACUCUUCCCCUACGCCCUCAUCAAGUUCGACAUAGAGAAAGAAGAGCCAGUGAGAACAGCUGAUGGACUCUGUGUUCCAGCUGCUCAAGGUGAGGCUGGACUGCUGGUUGGAAGAAUCACCAAAAAGUCUCCGUUUGUCGGCUACGCUGGAAACGAGCAGCAGACGGAGAAGAAGCGGCUCAGAGAUGUGUUUGUUAAAGGAGAUAUAUAUUUUAACAGUGGAGAUCUGCUAAAAAUCGACCAUGAAAACUUUGUCUACUUCCAGGAUCGAGUUGGAGACACCUUCAGAUGGAAGGGAGAGAAUGUAGCAACGACUGAAGUGGCAGACAUCCUCUCUAUGGUGGACUGCAUCGAGGAGGCCAAUGUCUAUGGUGUUACAGUCAAAGGGCACGAGGGAAGAAUUGGAAUGGCAGCCGUUACAUUAAAGGAGGGGAACGAGUUUGAUUGUGUCGACACGUGUAAAGUUGUUGCCAGUUACCUACCAGUUUAUGCCAGACCACGAUUCAUUCGCAUUCAGGAAUCGCUGGAACUCACAGGAACCUUCAAGAUGAAAAAGGUGAAACUGGUGGAGGAGGGGUUUGAUCCAGCUCUUAUUCAGGAUCCACUCUACUUCCUUGAUCUGAAUCAGAAGAAAUACGUUUCACUUACUCUGGACAUUUAUAACUCGCUGUUGGCCGGAGAUAUUAAACUAUAAAUCUAGAAAUGUACAAAUGUUCUAAUCAAACAUGUAAACUUUUAACACUUGUGUUUUUCUGUGUGCCUUACGAAAAAGAAUAAUAAUGUAUACUAAAAUAGUUACAAACUAAUCUCAGGGAAAAUAACAGUUCUUCUAUUUUAAUAUUUUUUGACCAAUUUAAUAAGCAAUUUCUAUGUUAAUAAUUGUAUGAUUGUAAUAAAAUGU